CAUAUACACGUUCCAUUUGCGACGUACUCAUCAAUCAGUCCGUUCUUCUUCGGUCCGGUCUCUCGUCCGGUCAGUCAGUCAGUUGUGAUUCGUGCCGGUGACAGGUGUGUGGAUUUCGGUUGCGGAUGCCUUUUUGCCCUCCCGUUCUACUGGCGACUUCUUGCCGUCAUCGUCGCGAUAUUUACUGCAAGGUCCGUGAAUCGUCAGAAGCACCGGGAUGUCGAGCCAGGAGCCGAUGUUCAUAGCCACGGACAGCAUCGAUGGCAUCUGGCCCUUCCUGCAGAGCAUUGAUUGGAGGGAUCCAUGGUUAGCUGCGUUAUUAACUUUUCACAUAGCCAUCACAAUGACUGCAUUAAUGACAAGGAAUCAUGCAAAUUUUCAAAUAAUUUUGUUCCUUGUACUAUUACUUCUGGUUUAUUUCUCAGAAAGUAUCAAUGAGGUUGCAGCAACAAAUUGGAUGAUAUUUUCUAGACAACAAUACUUUGAUUCUAAAGGUUUAUUUAUAUCUAUCGUCUUCUCUGUACCUAUUUUAAUAAAUUGUAUGAUUAUGGUGGCUAGUUGGCUUUAUCAAUCCAGUCAAUUAAUGACAAACCUAAAACGAGCCCAAUUACGACAGCAGGCAAAAAAUCAUCGUCAGUUAGACGGUGAUGCGGUGAACGGCAAAUUAACUGCACGACUAAAACACGAAUGAAUACAUCAGAGAUCUAGUCAUAAACGUGAUGGAAUAAUAGAGAGGGCACAUAUUUUAUUUUAUUUAAGGACAAAAUGCAGAUUAUAUAUCUACAUUGAUUUACAACUAGGUUUCGCAAAGUGCUGCGUAUAUUUGUAUGACCAUCGUCAAUUCAAUGAUCGCUUCGAUCUCGAUAAAUGAAACGUUAUCUAAAGAAGACAAAAAAAAUAGAAAUAGAAAUAGUAUGAUUCUGUGUACAGAAUCAGUCACACAGAAUGGUAAUAUGCAAUGGAGUUGCCUAGUCAGACUUUUCAUU